UAUAGAGCAUUAUGUUUCAAUGCGAUAAGUUGGCGCCAUUUUAACGUGUUCUAAUGAAUGUCACCUAAGUGAAAGAAAAGUUUUAUAAACUUUUAGUUUCAUAUUUUAUUAUUCUUACAGCAAUUUUCAAUACGAUACAGAAUGUAGAAAGAUAACACAAUGUCAUACGGCUGAGGAAUACACAGUAUGUCGCUUAGUAUGAGGAUACAACUUUAAAGAUACUUCAAUAAUUUAUAUAACCAUAUUUAUAUAACCUGCAAUAGAAGUGAAUAACGCAGUAUGUUCAAAGAUGAGUAUAAAAUUCUUUUUGUAUUAUCCAUUAAUCGAAUAAGUCUAUUUACAAGAAUAAUACCGAUUUAUUUGUGAACUAAGAAUCGUAAAAUUUUGGCUGAAUAAGAACGUCGAUUGCGGCUCUGACGAUGAUGCUGUUUUGUAAUUAAUGCAAAUCGGUAAAAAUAAUACCAAUGCCUUAUUUCUUCAUCGUUGUUAAAUGUUUGUAGAUGUGCCAGUGCUAGCUAAGCACUCACUCUCAGACGAUUCUAUUUACCACCCUGGGUGCGUCAGGCCUCGCAGCUGCGCAGGUGUAUCGUACCUGCCCCAGCACCUUCUCAUCAACAUCUCAGAAAAGCCAGUCACGCCAGAAGGAAGGCUUGGCUCAACUUGCUCGCUCCUCCCUUCAUAUCUUUCCUUUUCUUCGUUCCUCGCGGACACGAGGAAUCCUUCGUUCUCUUGACUGCCAUCAUCCUGGGUCCUUUAAAAGGUGAUUGUUGCUGGACAGGACGAUGCGAUGGGCGAAGGCAAAAGCGACCGUUCUGGCAAAAGGCAGAGAUCCUCGUCUCGUGGCGUCGGCAAGUCGUCCUCGGAUUCGGAGAUAACGCACGGCAGAGGCAAGGGGAAAGGACGCAGGGGCAAGACCAAGGAGAGAUGGCCGUUCCUCGAAGGACUGACGGUCGACGAAUUGGCUCGUUACCGGAGGAGACGCGUGCAGGAUCGGCCGAAGGACAAUCUCCAGCCUCACGCGGACUUUGCGGUCCAGAAUCCUGCGUCUGAGUACCGGCAUGCCUUCGGUGUAAAUGUCGUGGAAUUUUCUAAGGAAGAUGUAUGGCCGAUAGAGGAGAGGAAACCUGAGGAAUAUUUAGACGAAGAAAGAGCUCUCGAAGAUGCGCACUCUUCGUAUUGCGUGGAUCUUGAAGAACGCGAAGCGAUCGAGGAUCCAACUGCGAACGAAGAGGGUGAUUUCUCACCAUUGGUCUAUGGAAACGAGACGAUGGAGACAAGAGUGGACGCUCCGCAGUUUGAAACUCCAUUUCGCCGUCCGUCACUUAUCAGAAGGGGCACCAGCUUAAAGUGCAGCGGCGACUUCUACACGGACACGGAAACGUAUUCGGCGUAUGUACCUUACGAGGGUCAACAUCGGGCCGAGCUCGCGCGUCGACCCACGUCCUUGAAGAUGGAAGGCGAGCUGGACACUAUGACGGAGAAAUGCGAGAAGUUCAUCGAGUGGCUCAACGUUAGUCGACCGGAACUCAUGCGCAUACCUACUCAUUUGAAGAUGGAGGGCGAGCUAGAGACGGCGACGGAAAAUCAAGACAAAUACGUUCCCUUCGUGGGUGCGCGAAGACCGGAAUUGUUGAGACGGAGCACCAAUUUGAAACUCGAGGGCGACACUUAUUUCAUACCGGAGUACACCGAUGUAUUCAGAGACUACAGUGGCAAAGAUAGAUUGCAGCCGAAGAAGCCUCAAACGCAUUUGAAAGCCCAAGGCGACUUUUUUCAAAGCACAGAAAACACCGAAAAUUUCGUUCAUCCCAGCAUUAAGCAGGCGCAAGAGACGUUCGAACGAAUGAAAGACGAUGAUGAGGAGGAAGAAUGGAUGAAAGAUCAAGAGGAGAAGCGUAAGAAGGAAGAAGAGAUGAAAAUGCUGAUAUCAAAGUUGGAAGAUUUAAAUGGUCGGUCGCUCGAAAUUCCGGAGUAUCGAGAUGCGUACAAGGAUUUUCCACGCGAACGACCGAAGAUCACGAAGCCGGAUGACGAGAUUGGCCGUGCCGACGGCUCUAAGGUAUCCUCGCCGUCGCGUUCCAAAUUUUGCAUGAAGAUUGAUCAAGAUCCGGAAUACCAAUCCAAGUAUCUCGAGUAUCCGCGGGACCGUCCUAUCUAUCGUAAGCCACCGCCGAUGCUGCGACCGACGAGGAUCUCCUCCUCUGGGCGCAACAGCGCCUGCCUCGGCAGACCGAUUCAUUAUCAGGAAUGUCGCAUGUUUGAGUACGAACCUACUAGCGAGGUGAGAUCCCAAUAUGUGCCUUACGGAUACGUACCAAAAGUCGAGACACUGAAAAUGCCGACAAAUCUGCGGCUGGAGGGUAACUUUGACCUUCAGCCGGAAUAUAGAAACGCCUAUUGCGCGAGAUACGAUCGUCAGGGCUACGGUGAAUCUAAAACAACCUGCGGCAGGAACGAACGCAGUCCGAGCGCUACGAAGAGAAAAGAGAAUUACUGGUUGAGCGAUAAUAAUGAUGGUCGGUGCGAUAGAACAGCUGUAGGCCAAGGACAGGACGCUUUUUGUGUGCUGGACACGCGGAUUCACGAAGACAACGUCACUGGAAAACCGCCGCCGGCCAGCAGAAAAGGUUCCAGGCUGUCUCAAGUCACUGUGGCGCCGAGACCGACGCAGAUAGAAGUAGCGGAUCGCACAAUCGCCACAAGAACGCGAUCCCCCAGUCCAACGUAUCGGCUUCAAGUGUGCGACGUCGACAACGAACCGCGAGGUUUCGGCCGACCCGGCCAGUUCUCCGGAAGAGUACGCAGCCCUUCGGCCGAUCGUUUGAUUCAAAAUAACGUCACCAGACCGUACUCGCCCAGCUUCGGCAGGGACAAGCAGAAUCGUCGCGCCAACGAUCAACCAUUCGUCAUUUUAAAUAACGCCUCGAAAAGUGUAUCGGGUAAAAGCGAAGCUCGCAAAAGACGUACCGACAGAAACGUCGAUGUCACGAUACCGAUCUCUCGCGGAAGAACGCCUAGAACGCCGACCAGGUGGAUGCCACCGUGGUACGACAAUACGAACACGAUCUAAACCUCGGUCGGUCGUAGAGCUCACUGAAGAAGUGUGUUCCAUAGAUCAUAUUCUGCUACUUGUAAUUUUUACACAACGCAAAUGAAAGGAAACGAUAAAUGGACACUGCCUAUAACUUCAUACGUAGUUAAUCCGGGAAUGAUGGCAUGGAAUCUUUUAGAUUCUAAGAAUUAUUGUAAUAAUAAGCCGCUAAGUGUAUGUAUUUUUUUUUUUUUUUUUUUGGUAUAU